AAUACUAUAUGCUCCUAACCUACUAAUCUAAUUAAGUUCAUUUUUCAAAAACACGAUAAAAAUUGUUCUGAUUAUUAGCAGUUCAACGGGACCCCUCGAAUCAGACAAAGAAGGAAGAGUUGGGCCCCGUUGAGUUCUUAUGUUUUCACGUCUAUAACUCAGUUCAUCCAAUUUCUACAGGGAUGAACCUAAUCCUGAAUAUGAACCAUAAAAGAAAAUACCUAUUAAACCGAUCACAAGAAUACCAGCUACAGUACCUAUUACCCAAAGAGGAAUCCUUCCAGUAGUAUCAGCCAUUUAUCCUGCUUCCCUCCACAUUUCAUCGAGUGGUCAUGCUAGAAACAUAAACAGUCAGAGAUAAUUAUGAUAUAUAAUCCAUCCGAAUGGGAUAAGAAAACGAAUGGGAUAAGAAAAUUACUACUCUUUGUUUUUUAUUUUAUUAUUCUACGCUCUUUUCUUAAUUUUACUUAAUUUUAAUUGAAGAAAUAAUUUGAAAAUAAAACAGCAAGUACAAAAAUGAGUAAUAACCCCCAAUAGAGACUGGUACGAUUUAAUUCAACAUUUUGUUCGUUCGGAUUUGAUUGUGUCAUAGCUCUAUAAAUAAUUGAAUUCGGUUUAUCGUUGGAUGAACUGCAUUGCUGAUAUUGACCCCAAAAAAGAAACGGUAGGUACAGCUAGUCCAUGAACAGCCAACCAGCGCACUGUAAAAAUUGGAUAGGUCCUAUCUAUAGUCAUUGGGUCCUCCUAAAAAGAUCUACUAAAUUCGUCGAGUUGUUCCAAAGAAUCAAAACGGCCUGUUAUUAAUGGAAUGCCCUGUCGGCUCUCUGUAAAAUACUCGUUUGGACGAGGGCUCCCAAACACAUCGUAAGCUAAACCGGUGCUGACGAAUAACCAGCCCGCAAUGAAUAGGGAAGGUAUAGUAAUGCUAUGAAUGACCCAGUAUCGAAUACUGGUAAUAAUAUCAGCAAAAGAACGUUCUCCUGUGCUUCCAGACAUACUGAACUCCAGAUAUUCUUGUAGGGAAUCGAUUCUGUAAAAGAUGAAUCAGUAAAUUCAAAUUCACUGAGAUUACAUCUUUGUGAGAUCGUCAAUAAAGUACCAAGGGUAUUUUUAGAGUCUACCGAAUCAGUAUAGCUAUCCUUCUUCUGACACAGCAACGCAAUUUGAAUUAGUAUAGAACUGAAGUGUUAGAUAAUUUAUUUCGUUUUUUUUUUUGCUUGUCGAUGUAUAACCAUGUUCCACUUCUUCAAAUUCCUGUAUCUGUAAUCUAUAGGGGCUUUGAUCCUUUAUUUGUUUUGGACUAGAAAAUAAACUAAAGAUUAGAUAAAAUGAAAAUUCAAGAGGGUGGUUUCUAAUUCUAAUAAUUCAUUAAGGAAAUUCUCAUAUUGUCCCAAGUCAAUUGAAUCCAAAACCCAUCAAUUUCAUUUUUGUUGCAUAUGCAUAAUUGUAGAAGAUAUUUUUUUGUAAUGAUAAUGUGACCCCCCCCCGUUUUUGCUUUUUAUUUCAUUUUAUUUUAAGGAAUUAAUUUCCAGUAACAAGAAAAGGAAGAAUAGUUUUGGAUCAAUUCAAAAGAACAACAAAUAAUAAAAAAAUAAUAAUACUAAAUCUUUGGAAUGCGUGCAUUGUUUUGUUGUAUUCAAUUUAAAGGUUUUUUCUUUCUUUAACUAACUACAAAGAUGAUGGGUUUUUCACUCUAUUUUCUAUAUAAUAUCGAAAGAAAAAAACCUAAAACCUAGAAAGGAAACGAUAAUAGAAAUUGCUAAUUACAAGUUUUAAAAAUCUAGUUAAAAUAAAUAACUCUUUUUUUGACUGAUCUCGUUCUCCGUGUAGGAUACUGCUUUUUGGUUUAAUUUCAUAGAUUAAAUGAAGAAAACUGCUCUACUAUAUUAAUCUACUUUAUUCAAAAUUGAAUUUAUUUCAAUUUGAAUAAAUGUAGAAGGGGGCAUAUUCUAGGUUCUAAGGUCACUUAAAAAAAAAAGAAUCAAACAACUUUUUUAAAAAUUUUUACAUGUUUAUUCAAAAAAAGUUCUAUGUUUUAACUGAAGUUAUAUAAUAGAGUUAUUUUUUUAUGUAUUAUUUUUUCUUAUUAAUUUCUUAAAGAGUUUUUCAAUGAAUCAGUUACGUGAAUUCUGAAUCCUGAGAUGGUGCAGAUGCCAAAGACGAUGAAUUUCGUUUUUUCUUUUUCUCUAUUUUUGUUCAUACCACCGAUAAUGCUUGAUAACUCACAAAUUUUCAAUUUAAUUUUUUGAUUCUUGGAACUAGUAUUUGUAUCUAUCUUUACUUUAAAAAAUUUUUUUAUUGAAACUUCGGGAAGUACUUUAGAAACAUAUGUAUAAAAAAACAUAUUUUAUUGAGUCCCUUCAUGCCUACUAUAACUAGUUAUUUCGGUUUUCUACUAGCAGCUUUAACUAUAACCUCAGUUCUAUUUAUUGGUCUAAGCAAAAUACGACUUAUUUGAAAUUAAUUGAAUGAAUCUUUUUUGAUCAAAAAAGAUUUAUAUGGUAUUUCAUAUGUUCGAUAGUUCCUUACCGUGUUAAUUACCCAAUUUUGGUCAUUGAGAUUCGUCGGCAAUACAGAUUAAGAGCUAGGAAUAGAUAGUACCUCUCUUUUCUCCCUUUCAAAAAUGAAAACAAAAUAAAAUUGAAAUGAUUGAAGUUUCUUUAUUUGGAAUCGUCUUAGGUCUAAUUCCUAUUACUUUGGCUGGAUUAUUCGUAACUGCUUAUUUACAAUACAGACGUGGUGAUCAGUUGGACUUUUGAUUAAUUAACAUCUCUUUUUUUUGACUGACCUCCUUCUUGCUUUCAUAUGCGGGAGGUCGAAUUCAGAUUGCUGCUCAAUUAUUUGCGAACAGUGGAAUUUUGACACAAUCUAAUAAACAAGAGUGACAUCACGCUCUGUAGGAUUUGAACCUACGACAUUGGGUUUUGGAGACCCACGUUCUACCGAACUGAACUAAGAGCGCUUUUCUUGUUUUUUAUAAAAAAACGAAAAGGCUAGAAAGAGGACAUUCUUUAACUCGAAUCGAUUUUGUACGUAUAUACUAUAUCAUAGUAUAUCAUAAAAUUCAGAAUUAUAUGUAUGUCCAAUUUUAUUAAAAAAAGAUAAAUCUAAAAUGGAUUCCUCGUUACUGCUCUUCUGAGCAGUAAUUAGGUAGGGAUGACAGGAUUUGAACCCGUGACAUUUUGUACCCAAAACAAACGCGCUACCAAGCUGCGCUACAUCCCUUUCGAUUGGUUUACAGUGUCAUUGUAAACAAUUCCUAUCUUGUUUUCCACAUCCUUCUUUUUUUUUUGUUUCAUAUCAGAUAACAAACAUAUAUAUAAGUAUAAUUAAAAAAAUUACUUUUUUUAGGCAAAUCCUAUCAAUUUCAAAUUUACAUAAAAAGGCGUUUCCAUUUGAAAAUGGAAUCUAUAAGAUCGUUCUAGUAGACAAUAUUUCAAUUCUAAUUUUGAAAAUGGGGGGUUACAUAUACAAAUACAAGAACUUCUUAACUACAUGUACAUCUAUAGUUAUAUAUAUUACUAUAUAUAUUGUAAUACAAUAAAGAAGAAAGAAGGAGGAUUUCAAAUGCGAGAUCUAAAAACAUAUCUUUCCGUAGCACCGGUACUAAGUACUCUAUGGUUCGUUUCGUUAGCAGGUUUAUUAAUAGAGAUUAAUCGUUUAUUUCCAGAUGCAUUAACAUUUCCCUUUUUUUAAUUCUAGUUAUUAACAUCAGAAAGGAUAAAAAAAUUUAGAGAUACGAUCAACGAUCGGGGAAUAACCCCCCCUUUUUUUUCUAAUUCUAAAAAAAGAAUUAGAAAAAAAAAGGGGGGCCGAAAGGUCAUAAAAACGAGGGUUCAGGAUCCAAUUAAAAAAAAAGUGUUGCUAGGGAAAGAGUAUCCUACGAGAUACUUAAAAAAAAUACUGUACAAAGAUUUGAAAUAUAGUUUUCAAAAAAUCAUUAUAUUACUUAUUAUUUUCUUUUUAUUUAAUUACUAAUUAAUAUUCAUUGCAACGAAAUAUUUAAGACAUUUUUUUGAGUUAAUUAACAGCUUCUAUUUUUUUUGUUCUUGUUCUUUAUGGACCCUAAAAUUAAAAUAGAAGAUUGGGGGUGAAUCAUAAAUCCAAAGGAGGUUUCAUGGCCAAAGGUAAAGAUGUUCGAGUAACAAUUAUUUUGGAAUGUACCAGUUGUGUUCGAAAUGAUAUUAAGAAAGAAUCGGCUGGAAUUUCCAGAUAUAUUACUCAAAAGAAUCGGCAUAACACUCCUAGUCGAUUGGAAUUGAGAAAAUUCUGUCCCUAUUGUUAUAAACAUACAAUUCAUGGGGAAAUUAAGAAAUAGAUAAAAUUGAGUGCUUGUAUGUCAAAUUUUAUUUUAAGAACAGGAAUAAUGAGAGUAUCUACGUAUUAUUACAUAUAUAUAAAUAUAAACAAAUAAAAUAAUAGAAAGAAAUCAAAUCCUAUAUUCUUAAUUCUAUAUAGAAACUCUAUCCUAUAUAGAAAUAGCAAUCGUUUUUAUUUUGAUCCGAUCAAAAAUAGGAUUUUAUAGGUAAGGAAUAAAAAAUUAUGAAUAAAUCUAAGCGACCUUUUACUAAAUCCAAGCGAUCUUUUCGUCGGCGUUUGCCCCCGAUCCAAUCGGGGGAUCGAAUUGAUUAUAGAAACAUGAGUUUAAUUAGUCGAUUUAUUAGUGAACAAGGAAAAAUAUUAUCUAGACGGGUGAAUAGAGUAACUUUAAAACAACAACGAUUAAUUACUAUUGCUAUAAAACAAGCUCGUAUUUUAUCUUUGUUACCUUUUCUUAAUAAUCAGAAACAAUUUGAAAGAAGUGAGUCGACCCCUAGAACUACUAGCCUUAGAACCAGAAAAAAAUAGACUUAUUCUUCAAUUGAAUAACUAAUCUGAAGGAAUUAAAAAAGAGGUUAAUAUUUUGUUCGACAAAUCCAAUCAAGAAUCAAAAUUUGAUUGUUACGUCUGUUUCUGUCAUAAAAAAAAAAAAAAAGAAAAGAAUCGUCGAAAAGAAAAAGAAUAAGUCUUUUUUUAGCGACUAUAUACCCUCGUUUUGUUUUGACGACUUUUUUUAUAAUACUAAUUUCUACUCUACCCUCCCCGAGCUUAUUCUACUUAAGAACUCUAUUUCAAAUAUUUUAGUGGAUUUCUUCCAAUCCCCUCAUUUUUUGAUCUCAUUUGAAAUCGUAUAAAGACAACUCCUAUUUAAUAGAGCUAUUUGUGCAAGUAUUUUUCGAUUAAGAAGUAAUUGCUUCUUGUACAGAUUGUGUAUGAAUCGGUUAUAACUAUAGAAUACCUCCGUUUCGUGAAUUACGGCAUUUAUUCGAGUGAUCCAUAAACGACGAAAAUCUCUUUUUCUUUUACCCCUAUCCCGACGAGCCGAAACUAAAGCUCUUAUUCUCUGUUGAGUCAUAGUUCGUGUAAGUCGUGAAUGAGCCCCUUGAAAGCUUGAUGCAAAUAAACGAAGUUUUGUUCUACGCCUCCGAGCUAUAUAUCCGCGUUUAAUUCUAGUCAUUGAAUAAAUCAAACUUUGAUGAAUAACUAAUUCUUUUUUUAGUUUUAGUUAUUCUUUUCCCCUUUACUAGUCAUUAAUAACCAAACGAAUUAUUCCAAUGUAUAAAAAAAAAUUCCAAUGGCUUUUGCUACUCUAACCUUCCCCACCACUAUUUUUGGCUAGGUAUUUUCCUUUGCUUUGAAAGGAUAAAUUGCCUUGGUACUUGAUAUAAAAAAAAUAGAAUAACUACAAAAAGUAGUAAAUAGAAAUGGAUAAAUAGUGGGUUCCUUCGUUUCUAUGGUUACUUCUAAAACGGUGAGGUCCUCUCUAUACACCGGAGCUCCUUCUUUUAAUUAAUCAAUACUAUUGGUAACUUGUACAAUUCACAUUCUUUGGCUCUACCCCAUUAAUAUUCCAGUAAUAGAUCUUUCACAAUGAGAUCCACUUUAUACAGUAACGGUAUUUUAUUUUAAAAUUGAUUUGGUCAUUUACCCUGUUAGUCCGUUUUUUCUUUCAAGAGUGGAAUCUUUUUAAUAAAAAAUGGGAUUUCCCCCGCUUAAUUGAUAACCAUUUGUUAUCAUUGGGGGUUUUCUAAAAAAUGGAGUUGAUUGGAUUUGCACCAAUGUAAACCAUAAGUUUCAGACACAAUAGAAGAUAUGAAUGAUCUAUCUUUUUGAAAUAAUGAAUCGAGUUCCUCCAUUCUAUUUUAUUAACAGGUACUGAUCCUUGAUAUUUCAAAAAGAAUUUCCUUUUUGUGUUUCAGUCUAUGAUCUAAACGAGUCGCACAUACACCCGAGUACAUGUUCCUCGUCGCUGAGGGCAUCCCCGAAGCGCUGGGGAUUUUGUGACAUUUCGGAUUGGCUGUCUUGUAUUUCUAAUAAGUUGUUUAAUGGUUGGCAUACGGAAUCAUAUAAAUAAUGGGCUGGUUUAGAUGGGUUCUAACCGGCUAAUUCUGAAUUACUUCUCUUCAAGAUUCUCUUCAAUAUAAAAAAAAUAUAUUGAAGAGAAUAUGAAACUAAACCUUUAAUCUAAAAAGAUAUAAAAUUAGCAGUGGUAGAUUUGCAUGAAAUCGCUCCUAUUUUUAUUGAACCGCUACAAGAUCAACAAUGCCAUGAGCUUGGGCUUCUGUUGCUGACAUAAAAACAUCCCUUUCCAUGUCUUCGGAUACAACCCAUAUAGGUUUGCCCGUUCUUUGUACAUAAACCCUUGUGAUGGUUUCGCGAAGUUUUAGUAGUUCUUCCGCUUCCAAGAUAACUUCUCCCGUUUGUGCCUCAUAAAACGAACUAGCGGGUUGAUGGAUCAUUACCCUGAUGAUAUAAUAGAAAAGCUUUUUCUAUUUCGCAGAAUGAGGCGAGAUAACCAAAAAAACAGAGAAAUUUGAAUAACCGUACAGGCUUUUUUUGUGCGUUGCAUACGGCUCUAGAAUGGAAUUUACGUUUUUGACCUUUCCUUUCGGCGAAAGAAAACAAAAUAUAGGUUCUAUUAUACGCGGAUCCAUAAAUGAUCCAAUUACCAUCCUUCUUUUUUGUUUUGUAGGAGUUAAAAAAAUACUAUGAUGGUUCCGUUGCUUUAUAUAUCAUUUUUUUUGAUCCGUCUAUGAUUCAGCAAUCCCAAAGUGUCUUUUUUUUUGUUUUUGUAAAUAAGCUUCCGGUGUGAAAACAAAGUUUGUGACGCUGGGAUGUGCCCGAAUAGGGAAGAUAUCAUUUUAAAUACCCCUUUCUUAUCCCAUACUACUCUUUCAAUAUAUAAUCUAAUUUUUUUAAUCUAAAAAAUUUCAUAUCGAAUUCGAAGUGCCAUGCUAUUAUUACUUAACUAAUUCAUAUUUCCGAGGGCGAAGGCAUAGUAUUUUUUCUCUAAAAUAAAAAAACUCAUUGGCGCCAAGCGUGAGGGAAUGCUAUACGUUUGGUAAUUUCUCCUCCGACUAGGAUAAAGGAUGCUAUUGAAGCGGCCAAUCCCAUGCAUAUUGUCUGUACAUCGGGUCGCACAAAUUGCAUAGUAUCAUAAAUAGCCAUUCCAGAUAUUACCCAUCCACCAGGAGAGUUUAUAAACAAAUAAAGAUCUUUGGUAUCCUUUUCUAUACUGAGAUAUAUCAUAAGACUAAUAAGUUGAUUCGAGAUUUCGGUAUCAACCUCUUGGCCUAAAAAAAACAAUCUUUCUCGAUAAAGUCGGUUGAUUAGGAUAAAAUUUUAUUCCUUAGGAGCCGUACAGGCACCUUUUGAUGCAUACGGUUCAACAAAAAUUGUUAAAAAAUCAAUGUGUCGAUUCCAACCCCCCCUUUUUUUUCAGAGAAGGCUUUUCUUUCUAACUUAAUAAGGGAAGGGCUUGCUUCCCUUUUAAAAGUAAAAGAAAAAAUAAAUAAGUUUUGGCCCCUUUUAUUUAUUAGAUAUUAUAAUCCUAAUAAUAAAAUAAUAAAACGAUUGAUUAGGCCUGUCAGACUAACUUGAUUCAUUGAUAUUUUUUUUUCAUCGAGAUUCAGUUGAAAUGGGGAUGGUUUUUUCUUGUUCCUGAAUGGGCUUCUUCCUUUUUUUAUUCCGUUUUUUUAGGUUUAUGCUCUACUCCGAGUAAAAGGAAAAAUUUGCCCGAUUUUGAUUUGCACAUAUAGGACAAAUGAACCAAAUACCGCGUCUUUUUUUUUUUUACUACUCCUUCUUUUUUUUUCAAUUCAUUUCUUUCACAUGUCUUCUGUCAAAUAGUCAAUAAAUUUUUAAUUAUAUUAUUUUAUUUGAUCAACAGUUUUAGAUCACCCUGUUUCAAUUUUUUGUAUUUUUUUUAUUUUUUAAUAGAAUUUUUAUCAUAAUUUUGAUAUCAUAUUCAUAUCAUAUUAAGUAGUAAUUAUAAAAAUAUUAUAUAUUAAUUAUCAAUUGGAUUUUUGCUAAACGGAGCCUGGAUACUUAAUUUUAUUAGUCCGAUCACGUAAACCAUAAAAAAUUUUUGAUAAUCUAAUAUCAAUCUAAAUACUCCCUGCAUUUAAUUCUAAUUUAUUUUUUGCGCUUCGCGUUACAAAUUUUUGAUAAUUCAAUCAAUCUUUUUGAGCGAAACAGAGGAUAUCUCGAUCGAGGGAGAAAAUGGGGAAAUCCCAUAUAGCCCAAUAUAUCUGACAAGUCGCACUAUAUGUCAACCCAAGAUGUAUCUCCUUCUCCAGGACUUCGAAAAGGUACUUUUGGAACGCCAAUAGGCAUGAAAUGAAAAAAAAAGAGAAUGAAGUUCUCUAUUUCACUUUGAUGUGGAAACGUAAGACUGGGGUUUCAUUUUUUUUUAUCAUAUUAUCCUUUUUUCCUACUUUAUUAAUAUUAAUCAUAUUUAAAUUAAUCAUAUUUAAUACAGAAGUUGAAUAAGCUAAAAUAAAAUAUAAAAUAAAAGUAAAGUAAGAGAGAAUGAAUAAAAAUUAAAGGAAACUUUUUACGAACGGGCUUCUGAACAACAAUAGCUAUCUUGGUUCAUAUAACAUAGGAUUCACCCCCAUUGCGUAUUGGUACUUAUCGGAUAUAGAAUAGAUCCGCUUCCCUUUUUUCCUAUGAAUCGAAUUGUUCCAUUAUUACUAACAGAAUAGAACAAAUAUUAAUCCUUUCUCCGAAAUAAUUACCUAAAAAGGGGGGGUCCGUAACAUAGUUUUUUCCAAUGCAAUAAAGUUACAUAGUGUCUAUUUUUCAUUGAUAAAGGGGUAUUUCCAUGGGUUUGCCUUGGUAUCGUGUUCAUACUGUUGUAUUGAAUGAUCCCGGUCGUUUGCUUUCGGUUCAUAUAAUGCAUACUGCUCUGGUUGCUGGUUGGGCCGGUUCCAUGGCUCUAUAUGAAUUAGCUGUUUUUGAUCCCUCCGACCCUGUUCUUGAUCCAAUGUGGAGACAAGGUAUGUUCGUUAUACCUUUCAUGACUCGUUUAGGAAUAACCAAUUCAUGGGGCGGUUGGAAUAUUACAGGAGGGACUAUAACGAAUCCGGGUCUUUGGAGUUACGAAGGGGUAGCCGCAGCACAUAUCGUGUUUUCUGGCUUGUGCUUCUUGGCAGCUAUUUGGCAUUGGGUAUAUUGGGAUCUAGAAAUUUUUUGUGAUGAACGUACAGGAAAACCUUCUUUGGAUUUGCCCAAGAUUUUUGGAAUUCAUUUAUUUCUUUCAGGAGUGGCUUGCUUUGGUUUUGGCGCAUUUCAUGUAACAGGAUUAUAUGGUCCUGGAAUAUGGGUAUCCGACCCUUAUGGACUAACCGGAAAGGUCCAACCCGUAAAUCCGGCGUGGGGCGUGGAGGGUUUUGACCCUUUUGUUCCGGGAGGAAUAGCCUCUCAUCAUAUUGCAGCAGGGACGUUGGGUAUAUUAGCGGGCUUAUUCCAUCUUAGUGUUCGUCCGCCUCAACGUCUAUACAAAGGAUUACGUAUGGGAAAUAUUGAAACCGUCCUUUCCAGUAGUAUUGCUGCUGUCUUUUUUGCAGCUUUUAUUGUUGCUGGAACUAUGUGGUAUGGUUCUGCAACUACUCCCAUCGAAUUAUUUGGUCCUACUCGUUAUCAAUGGGAUCAGGGAUACUUUCAACAAGAAAUAUAUCGAAGAGUUAGUGCCGGACUAGCUGAAAAUCAAAGUGUAUCAGAAGCUUGGUCUAAAAUUCCUGAAAAAUUAGCUUUUUAUGAUUAUAUUGGUAAUAAUCCAGCAAAAGGGGGAUUAUUCCGAGCGGGUUCAAUGGACAAUGGGGAUGGAAUAGCUGUUGGAUGGUUAGGACACCCCGUCUUUAGAAAUAAAGAAGGGCGUGAACUUUUUGUACGCCGUAUGCCUACUUUUUUUGAAACAUUUCCGGUUGUUUUGGUAGACGGAGACGGAAUUGUUAGAGCCGACGUCCCGUUUAGAAGGGCAGAAUCUAAAUAUAGUGUCGAACAAGUAGGUGUAACUGUUGAGUUUUAUGGUGGUGAACUCAAUGGAGUAAGUUAUAGUGAUCCCGCAACUGUGAAAAAAUAUGCUAGACGGGCUCAAUUGGGUGAGAUUUUUGAAUUAGAUCGUGCUACUUUGAAAUCCGAUGGUGUUUUUCGUAGCAGUCCAAGAGGUUGGUUUACUUUUGGGCAUGCUUCGUUUGCUCUACUUUUCUUCUUUGGACACAUUUGGCAUGGUUCUAGAACCCUCUUCAGAGAUGUUUUUGCUGGUAUUGAUCCAGAUUUGGAUGCUCAGGUGGAAUUUGGGGCAUUCCAAAAACUUGGAGAUCCAACUACAAAAAGACAAGCAGUCUGAUGCAACAUUGCUUUUUUCUUUUAGUUUCUGUUUGCGAUUUUUUUGAUUUCAUUUAAUAGGUAGGGUACUGUAGGAAUCUUGAUUUAAAUCGCUGCCGUUUCUUUGACUCUUUUUUGUUCUUUAUCCGGAGGUAUACUCCUUCAGUAAACAUAAACAAAACAGGUAUGAAAGCUAUAAUUGUAAACCACGAUCAAAUUUAUGGAAGCAUUGGUUUAUACAUUUCUCUUAGUAUCGACUUUAGGGAUCAUUUUUUUCGCUAUUUUUUUUCGGGAACCGCCUACAAUUUCAACUAAAAAAUGAAAUAAUUUUUCAUUCUCUUCAUUGACGUAAUCAGCCUCCAACUAUUUGGAGGCUGAUUACGUCAACUAGUCCCCGUGUUCCUCGAAUGGAUCUCUUAGUUGUUGAGAGGGUUGCCCAAAGGCAGUAUAUAGAGCAUACCCAGUAAAACUUACAAGUAACCCAGAUAUAAAGAUGGCGACUAGAGUUGCUGUUUCCAUUAUUAUAUAAUUGAAAGACCACAAUGGAUCUAUGCUAAGAUCGUUUAUUUACAACGGAAUGGUAUACAAAGUCAACAGAUCGUAAUGAAUACAAAAUAAGAUUUAUGGCUACACAAACUGUUGAAGAUAGUUCUAGAUCUGGUCCAAGAAGCACUACUGUAGGGAAGUUAUUGAAACCGUUGAAUUCUGAAUAUGGUAAAGUAGCUCCUGGAUGGGGAACGACCCCUUUGAUGGGUGUUGCAAUGGCACUAUUUGCGGUAUUCCUAUCUAUUAUUUUGGAGAUUUAUAAUUCCUCUGUUCUACUGGAUGGAAUUUCAAUGAAUUAGACUGAGAAGAAUCUUGAAGUGCUAGCUUUUUGUUCGAUACAAAAAAGUAAAGUAUGUAGGUCUAAAAUUUUGCACCUAUUCUCCUUUGGUAGUUCGACCGCGAAAUUUUUUUCUGCAUUGUAUAUUUCCGGAAUAUGAGUAAAGUUUAUGAUUGGUUCGAAGAACGUCUUGAGAUUCAAGCGAUUGCAGACGAUAUAACUAGUAAAUAUGUUCCUCCGCAUGUCAACAUAUUUUAUUGUCUAGGAGGAAUUACCCUUACUUGUUUUUUAGUACAAGUAGCUACGGGAUUUGCUAUGACUUUUUAUUACCGUCCAACUGUUACUGAGGCUUUUGCUUCUGUUCAAUAUAUAAUGACUGAAGCUAACUUUGGUUGGUUAAUCCGAUCAGUUCAUCGAUGGUCGGCAAGUAUGAUGGUCCUAAUGAUGAUCCUGCACGUAUUUCGUGUAUACCUCACCGGUGGUUUUAAAAAACCUCGCGAAUUAACUUGGGUUACUGGUGUGGUUCUGGGUGUAUUGACCGCAUCUUUUGGUGUAACAGGUUAUUCUUUACCUUGGGAUCAAAUUGGCUAUUGGGCAGUCAAAAUUGUAACAGGUGUACCUGACGCUAUUCCGGUAAUAGGAUCGCCUCUUGUAGAAUUAUUACGCGGAAGUGCUAGUGUUGGACAAUCCACUUUGACUCGUUUUUAUAGUUUACACACUUUUGUAUUACCUCUUCUUACGGCUGUAUUUAUGUUAAUGCAUUUCUUAAUGAUACGUAAGCAAGGUAUUUCUGGUCCCUUAUAAAUAAUAUAGAUUCUAGAUAUUUUUAAUUACUAAUUUAUCUUAUUACUUGGUGAAGGAACAAUCGUAUUUUAUUGCUAUAAAUAUGGAUUAUUAAAAAAAUAAGACAUGUAUUUGGAUAUUUCCCUUCAACUCCACAAUAUUGUAUUAUUUUUUUGACAUAAAAAGUUGAAGGGAAUUCUAUGAAGAGAAAAUGGAUUAUGGGAGU